GACUCUCUUCUUUUACUUAUAAAUAAUCACCCCCUCUCAUCGUUUUCCAUUCAAGCGAAACGCCUUUGGCUACUUUAUUCCAGCAUCAGCUUCCAGCUACCCUGACCCGUUGAGAAGAAAGAGUCCUCUCAGGAGACCUUGAGAAACCAUGAUCAGCCUUGAUAAUAUUAAUUUCUACCAUCAUCCUCCUGCUUCCAAACCUCCCGCGCACACUUCGUCUUCUUCCAGCUGGAAGUCAUAUCAUGUGCCCUCUGCUCCCCAGUCCCUUUCAUUUUCACAUCCCCUUCAUCCCCUCCCCCCCAAACCUCCCACCCACACUUCGACUUCUUCCAGCCGGAAGUCAUACCAUCUGCCCUCUGCUCCCCAGUCCCUUUCAUUUUCACGUCCCCUUCCCCCCAAGCCUCCUACCGCUGUAACAGCUGUGCCAACUUCCACGAUCAAAGGCCACUUCCAAUACGCUUCCCCUCGCAAUAUAUUUGAUAUUGAGCUCGAGAAAGUCCCUACUCGAGAAAAAAGCCUGGUUGAGAGAGAGACCGACUUGGAGGCGGACCACCAAAGCGGGUCCGAAGCCGGAAAUGACCUUGGUGAUCAACGCCAGGAUGCUUCUCUUACUCUCGUAACUAGUUCAAGAGGGUCAGUGCUCCCAUGUAUACCAGCAGGCACCGAUGACUGCGAGGGAGACGGGGGAGAUGAGGGAGGAGGGAAUCAAUUAGCCACCCGAAGAGGGGCCUUGCAAGACCAGCUAGACACAUGCCCACAGCCACGAGGUGAUGCUGUCUGCUCUGAUUCAAUCGUCACUGCAGCAGAAGCCGACUUGGGCUACUCAGCUGUACAAUCUGUUAGCGCAGUCGAUGAUACUUUACUGGGUGACUCAGACUGUCAGUUGUCCUUAUCUGGACGCGAGGUCGAAAAGCAGACAACAACGACAGACAACAGUGUUCCAAAGCAUCACAACUCUCAGCUACCUUCGCCGGCCUUGUCGAACCCUGCGUCACCUGAGAACAAGCCUCGCGCUCCACCUGGUCAACAGCAUGGAGUCAUGUUUGAGGACUUACCGUCCGAGGCAGCAUGCUGUGAAGAGCAGACGAGAGCCUUGACGUCUGAACUUGCAACCAUAUCUUAAGCGAAAGCAACUGAGGGCAAACUCGCCUCCCCGCCGUGUACUUCGCUCUCGAGUGAAUUCAGAAUCCAACCGGCGCGAUCGGUUACCUUCUGUUGCUGUGGUAAUUCCAGUCCGUCGGUCGGCCAGUUCGAUGGCAGGAACUUCCAGGGACUUCCUUCAGCAGCCAUCGCACCGAUUUCACCAAGCCAAUGCGAGUUGCGAUAGCAAAGAAGACCAGCCAACA